AUAGUUUCAUAUAUUCACUAUUUCUUCCUCUCCCAACAAUUAAUCCAUUACUCUCCUUCAAUGGCUCAGAAGCUAGUAUUGAAGGUAUUGACGAUGACUGAUGAAAAAACAAAGCAGAAAGCCAUAGAAGCAGCUGCUGAUAUUCUCGGGGUGGAUUCGAUAGCAGCUGAUCUGAGCAGCCAGAAGCUGACGGUGAUCGGAGAAAUGGACGCGGUGGCGGUGGUGAAGAAAUUGAAGAAAGUGGGUAAAGUUGACAUCUUGUCGGUGGGCCCGGCGAAGGAAGAAAAGAAGGAAGAGAAGAAAGAAGAAAAAAAAGAAGAGAAGAAAGAAGAAAAGAAGGAAGAGAAGAAAGAGGAAAAGAAGGAAGAGAAAAAGGAAGAAGUAAAGAAGUAAUCUAUCAAACACAUUAAUUCAUUGCAGCAAUAUCAAAAUCCUUUUUUUUUUUUUGGUUGAGAAUUUCUAGCUAUUAUUAAUAAAUAAAUUAUUCUGGGUAUUUUCUAAAUAUGAUGAAAAUUUAGAUUUUUUUUUAUAAAAAACAAAAAAAAAAAAAAAGAAGAAAAGCUUGUUGCUUUUUCAAUAAGUGGGGUUUGGCUUUUCAAGGAUGUGGCAGCUACUUGUGUAUGAAAUGGUUGGUUCGUAUUUAAAUUGGUUGAAUAUCAUCAAUGAUUCAUCACCUCA